UCGGCAGAGACCACUCCCUCCCUCUCUACUCCCUCCCUCCUUCAUUCUCUCUCUCUCUGUCUGUCUUUCUAUCUCUUAGUCAGUAAUAAUGGAGCCCAGCAGUCCAAAGAAGAUCCAGUUUGCUGUACCUCCACUGCAGGGACAGCUUGACCCGCAGGCCGCCGAACAUAUCCGUCGCAGAAGACCAACUCCUGCCACUCUGCAGAUCUACAGACAACCUGGCACAGAUGUUGGAGAUCAACUCAACGCCAGUGGAGAGUCACAGGCUUCAGAUACCUCUCAGAGGAAGCAGAGCACCUACGCCCCUCCCACCAUGAAAGAGCUACAGCUGGGGGUGGAGCAACACCUUCUGGAGGCAGGGCUCUUCUCAGACAGCCAGCUGAGCCCAAUUACAGCGCAGCUUUAUGCCUCUUCCCUGUGGGCCAAUCACAAUGGGCCAGAGGAGGCCAAUGGGAAUGAGACAUGUCUGCCGUUAGCCAAUCAGGAGAGAGCCGUGGCAGAAAGCAACAGCUCAGGGGAUUUGUCAUGUGACCACAAAAAGGAAGCCUCCAGUCCUGACUCGGUCUCCCGAUAGCUGCCUUUCAUCUUUACUUUACUAACACCUCGCCUCUCAGUAACCGACUCUUCCCUUUCACCGCUGUUCAUCUGACUUACACGUCGCUCCACUCUUGUGCUGCACUAGUCUCUUCUGGUUUCUCCUUCUCUGCCAUGAAAAGACACUUGCACAUAGAGGUCUUGGUUUAAGUUUAACACCCUUUGGCUGUGAAUAAAGAUGCAUUAUAUUCAAAAGUUUACACCAUGUCCGAGUGGUCUUUAUCUUUUUUUGGACAGUUUUCAAACGUCUAUUUCUAGACUUAAGGUUUAGUAGUAUUCAGGGAUUAGCUUCAUGCUCUUGAUGAUCUUCCAAAACAAACUAAAACAUUCUUCCUUGGGGACAGAAGAGAGCACUGGGAUAACCAUUAAGAGAUUAAAACAUUUAGAGUGUGUGACUUGCUCUGUUUGGAGAUCGGCAUCUGUGCUCCAGAGCAUUAGCAGCUGAAAUGUCUCGGUGCGUUUUUAAAAUCACGUGGGAGGCUGAACUCCCACAGGACGCGCAGCAGGAAGAAGACUGAGAUCUAUAAUCAUAUUAUGUAUGCGUUUGCAUUGACUAUUCCUGUUCUAUUACACUGAAAACGUGUUGCAUGCACUUCUCUAAAGCGUUAACUGGUUAUUCCCUCUUCCUACGUCCAAUGUACAGCUUUAAACAAAAAGGACAUGCUUGUCAAUUUUUUUUUUUUUUGUAAAUACCUUUUUAGGCCAUUGUUUUAAAAUGUCAGUUAAAAUUUCAUCAACGUGGAUGUUAACAUUUUGAAUGGCAUAUAUGACUGCUGUUACUGUGUGACAGCAUCAUUGCUGUCACUAUAUGUCCCUCUAUAUGUGGAGUGUACUGACAAGCUCAGUCAAUGGCUUGUGUAUGCUGUAAGUGAAAAUAUUUGUUGGCAGUGGUUCAUGAGUGCUUAUGUAGAAGACAUUUGUUAUGUGGUAAUUGUGAUAUUACAUAUUUUAUUGUAUAUAGUGUAUAUGGCAAUGCUUAAAAAUUUGACAGUGUUCAGAAUUUUCUACACUUCUACACAAAAAUUACUCAAAACAUCAGCUGAUUUUCUGCUGAAGUUAGAGGCCUGGUUAGUUAAAAAAAAAAAAGAAUCGUCAUAGUCAGAUUCAUAGCAUGUUUUUGUGUAGUGUAUGAAGGGCAGGAGAGAGGAGCUUUCUGAGGAGCUUAUAAAAAGAGUUGCUGUUGCUCAUCAGGCUGGAAAAAUGUUAAAAAAAAACAAAAAACGUUUGGAAUCCACAAAUCCACAGUCAGAAGAUCAGCCAAAAGCAAGAUGCACAGUUCUAGAGGUCACAAAGGAACCCAGUGUAAUUAGUCCAAGCACACAAGUUGUUCUACGAAAGAAUGAAAUGAAUGUGAAUGGCCAAGUCAAAGUCCUGACCUUAAUCCGAUAGAAAUGCUGCGGAAGAACCUGAAGCAAACAGUUCAUGUGAGGAAACCCUGUGCUGAGGAAUGGGCUAAAAUUCCUCCAAGCUGCUAUAGACGACUAAUCAGGAGUUAUCAGAAAUAUUUAGUUGCAGCAGAUACCAAAAAACAAAGGUUCACAUACUUUUGCUCCUCACAAACAUUAAAUAUUGGUUAUUUUUUCUGAAUAAAUAAUUGUACAAGUACAAUAUUUCCAUAUAAUUUUCAUUACUUACAGGAAAAUCCAGGGAUGUUUGAGUUAUUUUUAUGCAGAAAUGCAGUUCUGAAGGGCUUGAAUACUUUGAAGUAACACUCUUGAUGUAUAUAACAACCUGUACUAGGUUUCUUUUUGUUUUUCCUCUGAGGGCGUUGGGUAUGAAUUUGA